UCUCCCUUAUAGUGUUGUAGUGAGGUUGAAUCGAAGUAAAUAGUAGCAUGGCAUUUAAUGAAUCCCAUGUUCCUAUACUAAUUUUCUAUAAAAUUCUUCUUCCAUUCAAGCACAUUUUAACAUUGGGGGUUAGUUUGCUUCUCAAAAAAAUCUUAGGACAGGCAUUCACAGAGCCACUUAUGGCUACCCAUGUAGUUGUAAUCCCAUUUCCAGUUCAGGGACAAAUAAAUCCCCUGAUAAGACUCUCUCAGAAGCUUGCUUCUCAAGGCAUUACUAUAACCUUCGUAAAUACAGACUUCAAUCACUUCAAAAUCAUGAAAGCUCGCAACGCUCAUCCUGGAACUCUAGAGAGCCCAUGUUUAAAUAUUCGUUUUGUUCAAGUUUCAGAUGGCUUGCCGCUUGAUUUCAACCGAAUGGCCAUGCCAGUGGAAGCCUUCAAUGCACUCAUGACAACCAUGAGAGCUUCUGCAGAAGAUCUUCUUUACAAACUCUUAACACAGAGCUGUGAACCUCCAGUUUCGUGUAUAAUUGGCAGCUCAUUUCUUAUAUGGUCCUUUGAUGUUGCUAAGAAAUUUGAGCUUCCAUUUAUAGCCUUCUGGUCACAGGCAGUGAGCGUUCAAGUCAUCUACAGACAUUUGUCAAUGAUUAUUGACAAUGGAGACUUUCCUCCCAAAGGCAUGAUAGACUACAUUCCAGGUCUUCCCCUAAUGCACCCCCAAGAUUUCCCAUCAGAUAUUCAAUCAGGAGACCCAUCAAACCCUAUGCAUCAGGUUGUUUUGCAACAGCUCCCUGCUCUGGAGGAAGCCGCCUGGAUUAUUAGCAACACAGUCUAUGAACUAGAAAGCCAAGCAAACGAUGUCAUUAAAGAAAAAUCUCCUCUUUUUGGCCCGAUUGGUCCCUUAAUACCCUCAACUUACUUCGAAGGCGAAGGUAAACAACAGGAUUUCUUCAUAGAAAAUUCCAGAUCAUUAAGCCUGCAGGCAGAAUCUAAUUGCUUACCAUGGCUGGAUUCAAAACCCAAAAGCUCUGUUUUGUAUGUUUCGUUUGGAAGCUUUGCUCAAAUAUCUAGAGUUCAAGCGCAAGAGAUAGCAAGAGGACUGAUGGAAAGCGAGCAGGCAUUUCUAUGGGUGAUCCGUCCAGACUUGGUGAGAUCAGAGGCAGAAACAACAAUAUCAACAGACCAUAACGACAUUCUUCCUGAGGGAUUUUUGGAGAAAACAAAAAAUAGAGGACUUUUGGUUCCAUGGUCUCCUCAGCUUCUUGUUUUAUCCCAUCCUUCUGUUGGAGGCUUCUUCACUCAUGGGGGUUGGAAUUCUACAAUGGAGAGCCUAAGUUUGGGUGUUCCAAUGUUGGUUUUCCCACUAGGAAUUGAGCAGAGCACAAACAGAAUGCUGAUUGUAAACCAGUGGAAAAUUGGGUUAAGGUUAGAUAGUUACAGAGAUGAUGCAAUAAUUGAAGGAGCUGAGAUUGCCAAGUGUGUGAGAGCUUUGCUUAAAGAUGAAGAGAUGAGGAAGAGGAGUAAUCAAGUGAGAGAGACAAUAAUGAAAGCAAUGGGUGAAGGAGGAUCAUCUUGGAAAAAUAUGAAAGAUUUUGUGGACUAUUUGAUGUCACUGCCAACAAAGAAAAUGGAUGUUUCUUGAAUAUGGUUUAAGAGAAUAAUGAAAACAAUAGGUAAAAGAGGAUUAUUUCUUUAAAAUUUUAAAGAUUUUCUGGGUCUUUCACAGGAAAGAAAAUGGAUUUUUUCUUAAGACAACAAUAUUAUAUGUUUGAUAAAAAUGAUGAUAAGUUUAAGUUGUGUUUGUU